GAAAGGAGACCGGGCUGCGACGGCGGCAGACUGAGAGGCUGAGGGACCAGAACCAGGCUGGUACACAUUCGGCAGCUUGCCCUCAAAAGACUCUCCAUGUUCCUGGUUCCUGUUCCAUUGUGGUGCUUGGAAGCAGGAGAUGGACUCGCUCGUGGUCAACAGGACAUGAUCCAGGAGGAGCACUGAGAGACCGUGCUGCUGGAUUCCUUCAAAGGGCAGCCUUGUGGAUGGCCCUGAAGCAAGCCUGAUGGAACAGGACAGAACUACCCAUACUGAGGGUUCCAGACCGAGUCCAUUCCUGAUAGCAUCACCUUCUCCCAUCGGCCAUACAGAACCUCCGGCUGUCAAACUCCAGGAUGGAAGCCCGUUAGCAGAGAGACCUCAUCCAGAAGUAAAUGGAGACGCCAAGUGGCAGUCUCUCCAAAGCUAUUAUGGAACACCCCACAUGAAAGGCCGCCAGAGCAGUCAUGAGAGUCCAGACUUCAUACACGAAGGCAGAGGGUAUUCUAGGUGCUUACAACAAAAUGGAGGGAUAAAGCGCACAGUCAGUGAACCAUCUCUCUCUGGGCUCCAUCUGAAAUUGAAACUAGACCAAAAAGCUAAGGGAGAAAGCCAAGAAAGAAACCCAGGUAAAAGCAGCAAUCAGCCAAGUGUCUCCGGUCUGAGUGAUAACAGAAAGCAUGUGACCUCCACAGCCCAGGAAAGUGCAGUUGUAGAUGCUUUCCCAACCCAGAACUACAAUGGAGUUGAAAACACAGAGUUUCAGAUUCCCAAGGAGCAGGAAGGGGAAAAUGGCAACAGGAACAUUAGGUUACUUACAAACAAGGCUGUGCUAAUGCCUAAUGGUGCUACAGUUUCUGCCCCUUCUGUGGAAAACACACAUGGUGAACUCCUGGAAAAAACACAGUGUUAUCCAGAUUGUGUUUCCAUUACUGAGCAGAAUACCACAUCUCAUGUAAACGCCCUUAGCAGUCAGGCUGCUAUCGAGUUGUCCCAUGAGAUCACUCAACCAUCGCUUACCUCAGCGCAGAUCAAUUUCUCACAGACCUCGAGCUCACAGCUGCCUCCAGAGCCAGCUGCGAUGGUGACUAAGGCCUGUGAUGCUGAUAAUGCCAGUCAACCAGCUGGAGUGCUAGGUACCUGUCCUUCUCAGAAAGCAGAACACCGACAAAAGUCAGUUUUGGAGAUAGGCCCAUCUCCAAAUGCAGAAAACAAAACCAUGCAAGGAAACAUGAAGCUGUUUGCUGAAGAAUACUACCCUAGUUCCCACAGUGAUGUUCCAGCUUCUCAUGGCAGCUCUGAACAGUAUUUAAAGCAAAAGGAAACCAAUGGUGCUUACUUCAAGCAAAGCUCAAUGUUCCCUAAAGAUUCCAUUUCUGCCACUCCCAUGACCCCACCAUCACAAUCACUUGCUCCCUGCCCUGUUCUUCAGCUUCCUUCAGAAGGAAAAGGUGCUCUGAAUGUAGCCUUGGAUGAACACCGUCAGUACCCCAGCCAAAGGAACCUAAGGGAAGGGAAAACAGAACAUCAACCUAAGACAUCAUCUAGCCAGAGUCUGAAUCAAUCUGUAUGUACACCCAACCCCCCCUUGAUGCUUACAGAACAGCAUCAAAAUGAUCAUGUCCCUCAGUGCUCUGAAAAAACAAUGUCAGAAUGUCCCACGUAUUACCUGCCAAGUCAUGGCCACAGUGGAGAUUUACAAGAACAUAGCCAAUAUGUGACGGGACAUAGGAAGCAAGAGAUUCAAGAGAAUGAAAAUGGGGGACAAAUGCAAGACUCUGUACUGGCAGUUCCUGGCUGGAUAGAACUGAAGGCAUCUCAUCUUCCUGAAGCACUCCAUCAGAAAAAAUACGAGGAUACAUCCUUGUACUCAGUCCUUCACUCUCAGACCAGCCCUGCCGAUCAGGUGAGCUCCAAACAGUCCACUGGAAAUUUAAACAUGCCAGGAGGACUCCAAAGGCUACCUUAUAUCCAGAAAACAGCUCAGCAAGAGCCUAAGUCACAAAUGUACCAAGCAGAAAUGAACCAACGACCCUCUCCAGGUAUGGGGGACCAACAUCUACAGUUCCAGAAAACUUUAUACCAGGAGUGUAUUUCCAGGACAAAUCUGUCACUCGAGGCUCACUUGUCACCUGAGGUUCACGGGCAGGCACCGAGUGGCCCUCAGUACCAUUUCCAGCAAAGAGUAAAUACCUCCACUGAUAAGCAUUUGAGUCAACAGGCCACAGAGACUCAACUGUUUUCAAGCUUUUUACAACAGAAGCAGGCAGCACAAACACAAGCAUCCCAGAACUCAAAUCUGCCAAAUUUCCCUCAAAUCUGCCAGCAGCAGCAGCAAUUACAGAGGAAUAAUAAAGAUCAAAUGCCUCAGACUUCCUCUCAUCUCCAAGGUGCCAGUGAUAAGCAAAGAGAAGGUUCAUGCUUUGGCCAGAUUAAAGUGGAAGAAAGCUUUUGUGGCGAAAAUCGGUAUUCAGAAUCAAGUAAUUUCCAAACUCACAAUACCCAGGGGGGGUUGGAGCAAGUACAGGAGGUAAAUAGUAAUCCUUAUAUAAUUGUAAGAGCAAGUUCAGUCAAAUUACAAAUUCUCUGUUCAAAUGAUACACACCCAGCUUCUGAGAGUAGAGAACAAACUCUACCUACUGAACUAGGAAAUAAGGCCACAAACCUGCAGUGUUUUUCAGAUAAUGUGACCCCAAAUCAGGACGCUUAUCACAGGUGCUUUCAAGAACAAGAGCAGAAACCUCAACAAACUUCAUCUCUACAGGGCCUUAAAGGCAGAAACCAGGAUGAGUCUUCAGAACCUCUAGCUGAAGCAGCUCCUCAGAGGUAUUUGCAUAAUCAAGCAAAGGCACUCCCUGUGCCUGAGCCAGGAGGAAGUAAGACACAGACCCCUCAUCAGAAGGACACUCAGAAGCAUGCUGCCCUAAGGUGGCUUCUCUUACAGAAGCAAGAACAGCAAGUACAGCAAUCCCAGUCUGAGUCUUGUCAUAAUCAGAUGCAUAGGCCAGUCAAGAUUGAGCCUGGAUCCAAACCCUCUUCCUGUAAACGCCUCAUGUCAGCAACACAAGAAAAUAUGUCCAAAAGGGUAAAGCAAGACGUCCCCUCAAUAAGCUGUGAUAACGGGAAACCAAAGAGCAUCAUUGAGGUCUUAGAGCAUCAUCUGAAGAAAUUUCAGCCCAAGUCACUCUGUGACUAUAAGGUCCUGACUCUUAAGUCACAGAAACAUGUGACAGUGGAAGCAGCUACAAAUAGCCAUGUUGCAGAAUCUGAGAACCACACCCCAGCUGCAGAGCCACAAGCAACUCGUUCAGAAAAGACCAAAAGAACAGCUGCUUCUGUUCUCAACAAUGUUUCAGAAUCACCUUCCCAAUCAGAUACACCUGACAAGAAUAUCAGCUGCAAAGCAUGCAGAAAUCCAAGUCAGUACAAAGAUGAAGCUCCUUAUUAUACCCAUCUAGGAGCUGGUCCUAAUGUUGCAGCUAUUAGAACAAUCUUGGAAGAAAGGUGUGGAGAGAAGGGUGAAGCUAUUAGGAUUGAAAAAAUCAUAUAUACUGGUAAAGAAGGCAAGAGCUCUCGGGGAUGUCCUAUUGCAAAAUGGAUAUAUCGGAAAUCGAGUGAGAAGGAGAAGAUACUGUGUUUGGUACGAGAGCGACCUCAUCACACUUGUGAGACUGCAGUGAUUAUUGUUGUCAUCAUGUUAUGGAAUGGAAUCCCAGUACCUGAGGCCUCCAGACUCUACUCAGAGCUUACAGACAUCCUGGGCAUAUGUGAGGAACACAUGAGUCGUCGCUGUGCUAUAAAUGAAAUGAGGCGAAAUACAAAUCCAUCAUUCAGUAGAAACUGUAUGUGUCAGGGUGAGAAUCCAGAAACCGCUGGUGCCUCCUUUUCUUUUGGUUGUUCUUGGAGCAUGUUCAUGAAUGGAUGUAAGUUUGGCAAAAGCAAGGACCCAAUGAAAUUUAACCUACAUUCAAAAAAUACAGAGGCAGAAAAACUAGAGCGUUGUUUGCAAAUACUGGCUACAGAUGUUGCUCCAAUAUACAAGAUGCUUGCGCCUGAAGCAUACAGUAAUCAGGUUAAAUUUGAACACAUAGCUAAAGACUGCCGUUUGGGUCUGAAGGAAGGCCGACCAUUCUCAGGGGUCACUGCAUGUUUGGACUUCUCUGCUCAUGCCCACAAAGACCAGCAGAACAUGUUAAAUGGCUGCACGGUGGUGGUUUCCCUCAAUAGAGAAGACAAUCGAAAAGACAUCGGAGGACAACCUGAGGAUGAGCAGCUCCAUGUACUGCCAUUGUAUACCAUCGCUCCCGAGGAUGAGUUUGGGAGUACAGAAGGUCAGGAGGAGAAGAUGCGGAAGGGGUCCAUUCAGGUUCUGCACUCGUUUCGGAGGAGAAGAUUAACAAAGCUGGCUACUAGUUGCCAUGGCCGACAGAAGAAAGAAAGAAGACAGAAGGCCAAGAAAGCAGCUAGAAAGUGUUCUUCUCUGAAGAAGUGCUCAAAUGAGAAUGAGUCUUCCUCAUGUACAAAGCAGAUGGAAAAUGCAAGCCAUAUGAAACAGAUGACAGGACAAUUGCAGCUGUUGGGAUAUGUCACUCCGCAGUUACCAUCACUCCAGAGGCACCUUCAGCAAGGGCAGCCACAGCACGCCUUGCCCAUCUAUUCUCAAUCCAUUGGCUCUCAUUCUUCUGGGCCCAACAGUGUAUACAUGAGACAGGCUACUCCACUUAGUCCUUAUCCCAGCUCCUCACAUACGCCAGAGAUUUAUGGAGAUGCCAACCACGUGAACUUUUACCACACUUCAUCUCAUGCCGCAGGUUCAUAUUUGAGUCCUUCAAAUUCCAUGAACCCCUACCCUGGGUUUCUCAAUCAGAAUAAUGCAGCUUUUCAGUGCAAUGGGAGUGUGUCGGCGGACAAUGGUUCCCCUUUCUUUGGUUCCUAUUCCCCCCACUCUCAGUCCAGAGGUCUGCAUAGAUAUCAAAACCAGGACCAUCUCAACAAUGUGAACUUACCACCCAUCCACACACUUUACCAACCGAGGUUUGGAGACAGUCCCUCUAAGUACUUAAGUUAUGGAAACCAAAAUAUGCAGAGAGAUGCCUUCACUAACUGUACCCUAAAACCAAAUGUACACCACCCAGCAACAUUUUCUCCUUACCCCACCCCCAAGAUGGAUGGCCAUUUCAUGGUGGUUGCCUCCAGAUCACCAUACAGCCACCCAAACACAGACUACAAAACCAGCCAGCAUCAGCUGCCUUCUCAUGCGACCCACAGCUACCCUGAAGCAGCUUCGGGCUUAGCAAGCAGUUCCAGUCAUACCUUCCACAACAAGGAGAAUGACAUGGCCUCCCACCCAGCUAACGGGCCAUCAAAAGUGCUUCUGGAGUUUAAUCAUGAUAGAACUGGGGUAUCGGGCCAGGAUGUGGCUCCUGAGAACGACACUGAGGAGUGGUCAGAUAGCGAGCACAACUUUCGGGAUCCUUUCAUUGGAGGGGUGGCGAUAGCUCCAACUCAUGGGUCAAUUCUCAUUGAGUGUGCAAGGUGUGAGCUUCAUGCCACAACCAAUUUAAACUACCCCAAUCGGAAGAGACCCGCCAGGAUCUCACUUGUAUUUUACCAGCAUAAGAAUUUGAAUCGGCCAAACCAUAACUAUGCUUUCUUUAAAGCUAAAGCUAAGGCUGAAAAGGAGGCCCAGAAAAAAGAGGAAGAGUGUGAAAAGUGUGACCAUGUGUCUCAGAAAAAAGGAAAGCAUGGUAAACAGGUAAAGCGAAAGCCCACGAGUCAACAGGAACCCAGUUACCUGAGCUUCAUUAAGUCUCUUGCUGAGAACACAGGGUCUAAGACCACAGACUCCACCGUGACUACAUCACCAUACGCUUUCACUCAGGUUACAGGGCCUUACAACACAUUUGUAUGAUGCUGUUCAUUAUGCCAGACCACCAAGGACAACCUGUCAGUAGUAUGUCUUUUAUGGCAUGGGCAGUAGGGACAGGUCACAGCAUCUGUGACAAAUGCAGUGUGUGUUUGUGUUGGGGGUUGUCAGCUCACCAGCAAAAUAGUUUAUUUUACCAUUAUAUACUUAUUCUCUACCAACUUCUCUUGUGGUCACUGGUGGCAUUCAGGAAGAAUAAAGCAUCCUAUGCAAAGGGACAGUGGGAAGAAAGCAUUCUACUUUUGUUUUCAAAACCACUGGUUCUCUUAUUGGCUGAGGUCAUGCAUGUGACAUGCUCCUCACCACUCUACAUGUGACUGCUUCUAGUACCAAGUGUGUGUAGUCAUGGGACACAGUACUGUAGCAGAACGGUUGCAGGAAUCAUCUGGUGCUGAUGUAUGUUGUACUGAAAUACUGGAAUUAUGACUUUUUAACAUGCAGUUUUUACUGUAAUCUUAACUUAUUUAUCAAAGUAGCUACAGAAAGCUUAAGUGAAUAAUGGCAAAACACUGAAUUUGUUUGGGUGUUAACAUUAAAUGGUGCUAUAAAAAUGGUGUUUUUAAUAGCUGAAAAAUCAAUGCCUUUUAUCAUACAACCAGUGUAGUCUAGGGUUCUUGAGGAACUAAGCUACCUUAGAUUUACACUUCUAUCUUUUUGUUAUUUGGCUUAGUUUUUAAGAUGUGGACAUUUUAAAGGCCUCUGGGUUGUAGCUAUUCAUUGAUGUCCUUGUAGGACUAUAAAUAAUGUAUACAUACACACACACGUGUGUAUUGAAAUAUUUGAAGUUGUGUCUUAGAGAAGCACUUUGCCUACCUAAGCUUUGGCAACUUGAGCAAUGCUAAGGUACUGAAACUUUAAAAAACAAACAAACAUGUUUACUUUUAUUUAGGAUUAAAAAUGUUUUUUUUUAAAGGAAAGCUUCGAAAACUUUGCUUUGCUCUUAGAUAAGCAGUAUCAUUGUUGACAGGCCUAUUGCAGUCCAAACGGAAGCUGAAUGGAUAUGCUAGUCCACAAAACUCGAAUUCUGGUGCUCAUCUUCCAUGCUAUACUAUGGUAGGGCAAGCUCAUAGCUCCUAGGUAUACAGCUGAAGAACUUCUGUUAACUAACUGCAGGUGAUAAUUAGCCUCAUGCUACAGACAGAGCUUGUCCCAAGCUGUCCCACAGAUCUGUAUGUCCUGAAGGACAGCAGACUGCCUUUGUGGUUUCUUAGCUAAGUGUGAUACAUACCAGGAAGAUUGAGUGGACUGAAAUCUGCAUAAGAUGAAGACAUGGUUAAGUUCAUAUGACUCUACUGGCUACAAAACAACAAACAAAAACCUAAAGAAAAUAGGCAGCUGGUUUGCUGUGGUUUUAAAUGUUAAUUCGUAUUAAAAGGUGAAAGAGUUGUAUAGUAAAUUAAAUUGUAAAACAAAGCCUUUUUUAAUGCAAUGCUUUAGUAUUUUAGUACUGUAAAAAAUUAAGUAUAUAUAUAUGUGUACAUAAAUAUAUAUAUUAUAUAUAUACAUAUAUAAUAUAUGAGAUGAAGCAAAAUUAACAUCAUGAUGGUGCUACCCAGAUUGCUCCACAUAGAUCUUAAUGUGAGCUUAAAAAUCCAUUCAAAGUUGGAGUGGUGUCCUUACUUGUCGUAAUACCUCAACACUAGCUUGGCAAUGGGAUACUGAGCUAAGAGUGGAAGCUUAGAACAUUGUAUACCACCAUUUUUUUUUAAAUCUUUGUAUUAUUAAGACAUACCAUUUUUAAAUACUUGAUUUCUUAGCAAGUAUAACUUGAAUCUCAAACUUUUUGUUCUAAAAAUUCAGGGAUAUUUCAGCUCGUUCUCCUUCCUGCCAACGUGUCACCUGUUUAUGUAAAGCUGUCAGUUAAUAUAUUCUCUUUCAGGGAUUUUUAUUUUGAAUCCCUCCUAUUUUGCUUGUACAUGUACCGAUAACUAAAACUAAUUUUAUAAAUUUGUCAACUUUCGAUUGUAAAUUUUGGAGAGUUGGAGUCCAGCAAAGUAAAAAGUCUAAAAUAGGAAGCACUUAGCUGGUAAAAGGAAAACUGAGAGGUAAAGAUCAUCCCUGUGGCUCUCACCAAAUCACCAGUCAUGGCUUCUGAUCUAGUGAUGAAGACAGCUUCGGACUGCAGCUCAGCAGUCCUAGGAGCUGGUGGUGUUCUGUGCAAUAGGACUCUUGUUACAUUGUGGCCUAAGUACAGUGUUGCUUAGUAGCUUUUCAAAUAGCUUUGUGUCAAUGGAGACCUUUGUCAUUUAUCGGUCACGUUUGUCACUAAAAACUUUUAGAAUGUCUGCCUUGCACACAAACCCACAAGGUUAAUGGUUUCCACACCAUGAUAUUUAGUCCACAUCAGGUUCCUGCAGGUGUGUUUGACAAUUUUGAGCCAGCCAUCCCUAGGGAUUGUUUGCUUUACAUAGUACCCACUGUCAUCUGUCAAACUGCUGUCCAACAAAAGGAGCAGUAAGUGUGGUUUUGAGAGGAUGGGUCAUGUAGGAAGAAAGGCAGUGACAUCAUCCCACCUCUGUGGGAUCAAGUGGAAGGCAGGUCUUUGAUUUGCAACUGUAGGAACAGCUUGAACAUAGCCUUACUUGAAAGUGCUUCUGCUUGGUGUCAACAUUACUUGAAUGAAUUUUUCAUCUUGAGUGACGCACAGUGAUGUAUAGUUCACUUUACAAGAUAGUAUGCUUAACUUGUUAGGAAACUUUUUUGCAGUUUGACACUAAGAUGAACUUCUGUGUGCAUUUUUUUUCUAUGCUUUAUUUUUUAAAAUGUAGUUUCCUUCAUGAGAUGUUGGCUUUGUUUAUACAAUCUGAGGGUGGUUAUAAAUACUGUAAGUAUUGUAAUGUUAUGGAUGCAGUUUAUUUUAAAGCUGUUUAUUAUAUCAUUCCUGAUAACACCAUGUGAGUGUUUUUAAUAAAAUUUAUAUUUAUUUAAUGCACUCAA